AUGAAGUACAUUGACCACGCUGCCAGUGAUACACAGAAGGAAAAUGUGCCCGUUCAAUCACAAUCGGAUCAAUCACCAUCGAAACCGACCAUUCGCAGCACAUUCAAUCUGUCCGGUCCUAAAGUGUUCAUCAACGAGUUAUUAAAAAUUGAAGAGGACAAUACAUCGCAGAUAGAUGCAAAUGAUUCAAUAUUGGACAAAACAGAUGUGGAGAACGAUAACGUAAUUCUCAGCAAUAUUUACGGUCUGUUUGACUGUAUAAGUAGGCGCUUGGAUGAUAAGAGCAUGGAAAUAUACGAGAGAUUGCUGUUUUUGCUGAAUGUGGGUAAGGUUGAGGAUGCCAAGGAUAUACUCAGGUUUAGAACGACCAAGAGUGGAAGGAACGUGGAAAAAUGGUGUAAAAAUGAAAGGACGAGGAGUAAUAUGGUGGAUAUGCGUGCACUAGUUGAUGAGACAAGGAUGAGAUAUGGGGAAUGUGGCACAUUGAUAGUGAAAACGUGUGAAGAGAUGAAGAGAAGAGGAAAGCGUAUUGAGGAGAUGGGCAGGAUCAUUGAUCUGGUCUGUAAGCAAUUUGGGAUCGAGUACAACGAUUUGUGGCAGAAAAUACCUGUGCUUGGUGAGGAGUAUGGCACGUUAAAGCAGAAGGCUCGUGUUGAUUUUGAUGACAGAAAUAAAAUACUUACACAGGAAAAUGAGCGCUUAAAAGACGCGUUAGCGGCGUUGAAACUGGAAAAUACCAAAACAAGAAACGAGUUGGUGAUUUUAAGUAACGAAUUUUACAAGUCAAAGGAAAUUAGCAAGAGACGGACGGAUACACUUACAAAGCAGAAACGUAUAAUCGAUAUUUUGCAAGAGAAGCUUACGCUGUCAGGCAGAGAAACAAAUUACACGAUUAUUGAUGACUUAAAAUUUAGAAUUGCUUUGCUUCAGAGCCGGAUUGAUGCGGAGACGGAUGGUGAUAAGAAAAAGAAGCUGUUGGAUAAUCUGAUUGACUAUGAGAAGCGGUUAAGCGAUUUCAUGUCUGUCGAUAAGUGUGAUGAGUGAAAGAUGUGAUUAAUUUAAAAAUGGGGUGG